AUGGGUCUUUCAUUUUCUCAUCAACCUUCAACGGAUCCCUUGUUAGAUUAUCGACAGCAUAUUACACAAUUACAACAAGCCAAUUGUCUUCUUCAUCAAAACGAAAACAAAUUACUUCAAAAAAUUUCAUCACUCGAACAUCAGCUCAAGAAUGAAGUUCAACAACAGAAAAAAUUGAAUUCGGAAAAAGAACAAUUGUCGAAACAACUCGAACAAACAAAAUUGAAUAUCGAUCAAAAAGUUUCAGAGACGGAAAAGAUGAAAAAGGAAAAGGAAGAACUCCAUAUACGUUUUUCACAAGAAAAAACAAAAAUGGAAAAUCAAUGGAAACAAGAAAAGGACAAAAUUCUUAAAGAAAACGAACAAGUACUGAACAAGGAACGUACAACAUUGAAAGAGCAGCAUGAGGAAGAAAUUAAUUCAUUGAAAACAAAGUUCAAUGAAAAGUAUAAAAAGAAAGAACAAGAAUUUUUAACAGAAAAAGAAAAUUGGUUAAAAGAAAAACAACACUUUGAAGAAGAAGUUCAAAAGUUGACGAACGAUUUACUGAAAUUACGAAUUGAAACAGAUCCAAAUACGAUUACCAAUGAUUUUACUGAACGCGGCCCUCAGUCGGUUUGUGAGUCAUUUUUGAAUGUAAAAUCUGAGUUACAGGCACUUGUAGAAGAAAUUUCCCAGAACUGUCAGCUGUCAGAAGUCCAAACCAUCGAAAUGGAAGCUCAAAUAUCUGAAAGCAUAUUUAAGACAUUAUUGCCUCAGAUUAAGGGAUUUGUAACACAAUACCAUCAGAAUGUAGUGGAUGAUCAAUCCAUUGGAAAAAUCAUUAAGGAAAGCAAAGAGCUUCAAAGUCAACUCGUAUCAAAUACUGAGCUUGGUCUCACAAGAUUUAUUCAUGAAAAACUUCAAUCGGACACCAGUAGCAACAACAUGAAUCUUGGCAACGCGACAAAUCAAGAAAAUUUGUCCCAUUUAUGUCAGAGAGUUAUCUUAUUCUUUGCUGAUAUGAUGAUGUGUGAAAAGAAAUUCGAUUUGGUAUGGUGUAAGAAAACAGAUACAUUCAAUCCUUAUGAACACAAAUCAACCAAUCAGAAGGAAACAAUUCUCAUUGAAACUGUGUUAUAUCCAUGUUUGAUGAUUCCAACCUCAAGGAUGGUGUUUGAACGUGCGGUAGUUAUCACAAAGAAUAGAAAGCUAAAGUAA